AUGGAAAGUAAAAAGGUUCGGGUAUGGAUUUGUGGAUCUUGAGGCUACUGGAGUAAAGUCAAUUUAACCAAACAAGCUUUAAUACAAGAAUUAAAUCUGCGAGACUCUCAAAUAGAGUGCAUUCCAGGAGAAAUGACCCAACUCAAAGUGGACGUUAUCAUCAAUGGACAAUCAAUUACGGUCAUCAACAGAAAAGGAGGAAACUUUUUCCCAAGACACGCACCUAUGGAAAUUGUAGAGGCAGUAAGAAAGUAUUUCUAA